GUCUGUUAGUUUUACUCUCGACGUCGAAAUCCGUAUAUUUAACACCGCGCGUCGUCUCGCGUUACGCACGCGGCGGCACAAUGGUUAAUUAGUCGCGGAAGAAACCGUCACCGGUAAUCACGUUAAUUGCGCAGGUGCGUGCUGGUGUGCGACAGAUAAUGGCGCGAUGCGCUCGACGCGAGGUGACAACAGUAGCGGCAAUGGCCGGCGGAUGCGCAGCGAAAAGAUAAACACUCGCACCUCUCGUUAUUCGCUCCAUGCGUGCACGCGAACAGUGCUAUAAGUGUACUAAAACGAUAUGCGUCGGCGACGCCAGCGAUGCGAUAGCAACAUGGAAAAACGCAAGCAGCUCUACCCGUAGACGCACAUCUGAAGAACAACAGCAUUUUUAUCAAAAACAAGUAUGCCAUCUCGCCAGCGUUCGCUGACCGAAUUACGCUAGCAUAGAAGCAAUCUAAGAUGGCGACCAUUGACAUAGAAGAGCCGGCGAAUCCCGGUGCUGGCCUGACUGCGAACGGACUUCAGCAGAGACUGAGUCCGAUGCCGGCCGGUCCGAGCGUGAGUAGGCUCAGCAUGCGAAAGCUCUCUUACGACAUCGAAGAGAUUAGAGAGAAUGGCGGACUCAGUCCGGCUGACAACUCCGACAACGAUAUUAGCUCGGAGAUCUUGAAGAUCGAAGACGAGGCAGCCAUGCACGACCAGGCGGAGGCGGCGGGCGACGGUGGCACCAUGGUGAAGAUCGUGAAAACGAUACAGCUUCUGAAAUUUUGGUCACGCGGCAAGAAGGACAAUCAGUCGCAGCAGCGGCCGGACUCCUUCCUGGAAAAGUUUGCAAUGGCGGGUCCGGACCUAAACAAUGGCGAGGACGAUGAGAACCCGGCUCCGCGAACACCACCGAAGCCAGGUGGCGCCACCAACAUCAUGGAACAAGCUCGAAUCGCCGCGCGACCCCGGUACAUCAAGCGAUGGGUCAUCGACCCGGCAGAGUCGUUCUACUACCGAUGGCUCUUCGUGAUGACGCUGGCGAUUUCUUACAACGUCAUCUUCAUCAUCGCUCGCUCGGUGUUCGAGCAACUACAGACGGACUACCGCAACGAGUGGCUCGUAGUCGACUACAUAUCGGACGCGCUCUUCAUACUCGACAUGCUUGUACAGUGCAGGAAAGGCUACCUCGAGCAAGGGCUGCUCGUUCGCGACACGUCAAAACUGCUGAAGAACUACGUCGCCACGUGGAGCUUCAAGAUGGACGUCAUCUCGAUCAUACCCACAGACAUUCUGUACGUGUUCAUCACCAUCGACUACCCGUCGGUGCGCUUCAACCGGCUGCUGCGCUACGGUCGCCUACUGGAGUUCUUCGAGCGAACCGAGGCGCGCACAAACUAUCCGAACUUCAUCCGCAUCCUCAACCUCGUGCUGUACAUAUUGGGCAUCAUUCACUGGAACGCGUGCGUGUACUUUGCGAUCAGCAAGGCGAUCGGCAUCGGCGCCGACGACUGGGUCUAUCCUGGGCCGCACCGCAACAACUCGGAGUUCGACAAGGUCUCGCGAAAGUACAUCUACAGUUUCUACUGGUCGACGCUGACGCUGACGACGAUCGGAGAGACGCCGCCGCCGGAGAAGGACUGGGAGUACGUGUUCCACGUCGUCGACUUCCUCAUCGGCGUGCUCAUCUUCGCUACAAUUGUCGGUAACGUCGGCAGCAUGAUCACCAACAUGAACCAGCAGAAGACGGAGUUCCAGAGCAAGAUGGACACGAUCAAGCAGUACAUGGAGUUCCGCAAGGUGAGCAAGGACCUGGAGCGGCGCGUCAUCAAGUGGUUCGACUACCUGUGGACGAACAAGCAGUCGCUGGACGAGGACGGCAUUCUGUCGACGCUGCCGGACAAGCUCAAGGCAGAGAUAGCAAUACACGUGCAUCUGGACACGCUGAAGCGCGUCAGUAUCUUUCAGGACUGCGAGCCCGGGCUGCUAGUCGAGCUCGUGUUGAAGCUGCGUCUGCAGGUCUUUAGCCCGGGAGACUACAUCUGCCGCAAGGGCGACAUCGGCAAAGAGAUGUACAUCGUGAAGCGAGGCAAGCUGAGCGUCGUCGGCGACGACGGACACACCGUCUUCGUCACGCUCGGCGCCGGAAGCGUCUUCGGCGAGGUGAGCAUACUCAACAUCGCCGGAAACAAGACCGGAAAUCGUCGCACGGCAAACGUGCGCAGCGUCGGCUACUCGGAUCUUUUCUGCCUCUACAAGGACGACCUCUGGGAGGCGCUGCUCGAGUAUCCCGAGGCAAAGAAGGUCCUGCUGGAGCGAGGCAGGCAGAUCCUGAUGAAGGAUGGACUGAUCGACGAAGAGGCGGAGAGAGCGGCGGAGAAGACGAAGGAGGACACGCAGAACAAGGUCGAUCGGCUCGAGCAGAACCUCGACAAUCUGCAGACGAGAUUCGCGCGCCUCCUGGCGGAAUACACGAACACGCAGGUGCGCAUGAAGCAGCGGUUGCACAAAGUCGAGCUGGCGGUAGAUGGCGACACUGCGUCGGUGCACAGCCACAGCGCAGCCGAUACGAAAUCGUAGAUAGUGAACUAGCAGCACUCAGACGUCGCAGUAGGACCGAUAUAAUUCUCGAAGCUUCUCGAGGCGGUCGACUUAGAAGUGUCGGUAGUGUUUAGUGCAUGCGCGGACACGUCCCGUACGGCACAUGCUACUAUAAUUAUGUUUAAUGCCGCGAAAAGACGGGUCGUUCAUUCUAACGCCGUCCAUCAAACGUAAAUAUACUAUGAUAGGUACAUUUAUGCUUGAUUGAAAUACUCCUGCGAUGUUUAUAGAUUACACGCGAACACUUUAUAGUGUCGCUAGAGGGCACUGAUCUGUAAACGUGUUUCAACUUUACGGUUAACCCACAUCGCUCGUUUUUACUAUUAUUUUAUGCACUUGUAAAAAAUACGAUUGUUGUUAUUACGUCAUACAAACGUUCCUGGUAAUCUGGUAGCACACGUCGAAUGCGCACUCGGCCGUAGCUGAAAGAUGUGUCGCAUGCGAAUGAUAUAGAGCGACCCGCGCGGGAAAUAAUCAUCGAUGUUUAUAUGAACAUGAACAUGCAUCGUGCCGACAUCGUCACGCCAGUGACGGCAUCUAACCUGCGAAUGACGUAGGAGUUAUGUAAUAUUCCAUGUGCGUGUUUUCGUUGAGUUUAAGGAGAAAAGUCGUGCUCCUGAUUUUUAAACUACUUAUAUUAUAUACAUAUAUGACAUUGUUAAGUAUUACAGUGAUAAAGCGAAUUCAUGACGAGUGCGAAACCGAUGUGGUUAUUUUGUAUGGCGUGAUCGCUGAGAAGGGGUUACGCGAAUGACAAUAGAGUGAAGUGGUAUGACCUAGGCACACAGGGAAAAACGUGUAGAUAUCAUAUGACAUAUGUGUACGAAAAUUACUACGAAUUAUUGAUAUACACACAUGUAUUGUAAUAUUUCGAUAGAAACUAUAUAUAUAUAUUAUGUGGUAAAUGCAGACUACAUAUGUUAUUUUUAUGGCAAUAUUGUCUGAACAUUGUCAAAAUCAUUCAGUAAUGGUUAGCUCAUGAUUAACCCGUCCGUUGUUUUAUAGGUGUGGAAGGUUUACGAUGUGUUUAUUCAUCUUAGGAUAUUAAAAAAAGCUAAUUACUGUUGCUAGCAUUUGUAGGUAAUGAAUCGACAGAAAUUUUAUUUGAAAAUAUUUACCAUCGCUUAGGCCUACGUUAACAUAAUGUUAAAAUUCGUUCGGCUAAUCUCACACACA